UUCUAUGUCUGUGACCGACAUUGCACGUACGCAUUUCGUUCGAUAUCGUUGUAGAAUUCAUCUGUAAAAACUCGGUAUUUUACCAUGACGAAUAAGCUACUGCAAUUUGGUGGUUAUCCUGCAGAAUAUGAUCCUGUGAAGCACGGACCAUAUGAUCCUGCACGCUACUAUGGAAAACCUGAUACUGCCUUCACGGAUCUGAAGAUCAGCGAAAUUCCAGGCUGGAUUGCGAGACGUCAAAAAAGUCCGCAGGCGCUUGUGGGAUUGUUUUCACGAGCGUUUUGGCGUUGGCAACAUAAAUACAUACACCCUCGACGAGGUGGAAUAGCUCCCUUCUUUCAAGUGGUAGUUGGUUCUAUGUUCGUGUUUUAUGCAAUGAAUUAUAGAAAGAUACGUCAUCACAGGCAUUACAAAUAUCACUAAAUGUGAUAUAUUGGUGAUAAAGUGUCUAUAUUUAGACACUUUGAUAGAUGAUCAGAAUAAAAAUAAUUCAUGCAUCAAUUAUUCAUGAAAGAUAUUCAAUUGUUUUGGAUGCAUUUGAAUAAAUAUUCUUAGUAUGUGCAAAAAUA